GCGCGGCUGUGCUAGUUGAGACUCGCUAUUUGAAUUCGCUCUUGCAAUGCUUCAGAGAACGGGCAUCCCUUCCGUGGAAGCGGAAAGACAUAUAUGCUGUAAAUAAAACAGGUCAUUAAAAUUGAAGGGAAACACGAAAGAGUGAAACCGGAGCUUGCGAUUUUGCACCGCAUUCACCUCCGUCGUUCCUCCUUAAAAUGAAAGGAUAUUCAUUUUCAAAAGAAUGGAUUGAGACUGCUGUAUAGUAUUUAUAUUUGUACGUAUAUAUUUUUGUAUCGUUGUAAUACUGUUACGUUGCAUUCAUUUAUUUUCUACGUGGGGAACAUUCGGCUUGAAGGCGCCAGAAGACCAAAUUUAUAUUUUCUACGCUAACGCAGACAGGAGAGGAGGGGGUAAGCACCGCUGAAGCCGUGGUCUCCGGGUAGAGCCGAAUGCAUGGAUUCAAAGCUUACAGCAAUCACUGACGCUUCGAUCUCAGAUUGCCCUCCUCGUCGCUGACAGCUGGGAGAACAGUCUAUCCAACAGGCGGAAAAGAGCAGCCGUCCAAGAGGCCAGCAAGAGAGGAGCGAAGAGAGCCAUCACUUCGCCGGCUUGAUCGAUCCACCGGCACUGAACAGGCGCUGGGAUCUGCUUUGGUGUGCAGGAGGAGAGGCGAUCGCCCCAGGGGUAUUCUUUCAUCGAGAGGGGGAAUACACCUUGGACAAAAAGACGAGGAGGCGGGUAUUACUGACAAAAUACAUUUGAAGUGUCCAAUUAGGAAUUUCCAAUUGAGAGAGGGAGAGGGAAGAGAGAGAGACGGAUCAAGAGAGAGGCAGUGGAAUAUUCCGCUUCUCCUCCGACAACACCCCCAGUCUUGGAAAAAAAAAUAAAAAAUAAAAACAAUAUACACAAAUCAAGGUGGUGCGCGUUGUGGGGGGGGGACCUUGGACAGCCCCGUGCUGGAUCCCAGAGUGACGGACAGAGCGGUCAGGACUCUCUGAGCAGAAGAAGGGGGGGUGCAUGGAGCUUUCAAGGCUGGUGAAGCCGGGGACAACCGCCUUCCUCCGGCUGGGCCUGGUCGCCGCGGCGACCGCCUUCCUGUGCGCCGAGGCCCGGACGACCCCGAGCCCCGUCCCGGUGUCCCAGAAUGCAACCUGCGAGGGGUCGUCGGCCUGCAGGCCGGGCAUCGUCCUGCCCAUCUGGUACCCCGAGGACCCCUCCAUGGGCGACAAGAUCGCCCGGGUCAUCGUGUACUUCGUGGCCAUGAUAUACAUGUUCCUGGGCGUGUCGAUCAUCGCCGACCGCUUCAUGGCGGCCAUCGAGGUCAUCACCUCGCAGGAGAAGGAGAUCAUCAUCAAGCGGUCGAACGGCGAGACCACCACCACCACCAUCCGCGUGUGGAACGAGACCGUGUCCAACCUGACGCUCAUGGCGCUGGGCUCGUCCGCCCCGGAGAUCAUGCUCUCGGUCAUCGAGGUCUGCGGGCACGGCUUCCACGCCGGGGAGCUGGGCCCCUCCACCAUCGUGGGCAGCGCGGCCUUCAACAUGUUCGUGAUCAUCGGCCUGUGCGUGUCCGUCAUCCCCGACGGCGAGGUGCGGAAGGUGAAGCACCUGCGCGUCUUCUUCGUCACGGCGGCCUGGAGCAUCUUCGCCUACAUCUGGCUCUACAUGAUCCUGGCGGUGUACUCGCCCAACGAGGUGCAGGUGUGGGAGGGCCUCCUCACGCUGGCCUUCUUCCCCAUCUGCGUGGUGCUGGCCUGGGUGGCCGACCGCCGCCUGCUCUUCUACAAGUUCAUGCGGAGGAAGUACCGCACGGACAAGCACCGCGGCGUGAUCAUCGAGACCGAGGCCGACCGCUCCAAGGGCAUCGAGAUGGACGGCAAGAUGGUGAACUCGCACUUCGUGGACGGCGCCGCCAGCAACCUGAUGGGCCUGAUGGAGGGCAAGGAGGUGGACGAGUCGCGCCGGGACAUGAUCCGCAUCCUGAAGGACCUGAAGCAGAAGCACCCGGAGAAGGAGCUGGACCAGCUGGUGGAGAUGGCCAACUACUACGCCCUGUCGCACCAGCAGAAGAGCCGGGCCUUCUACCGCAUCCAGGCCACGCGCAUGAUGACGGGCGCCGGCAACAUCCUGAAGAAGCACGUGGCGGAGCAGGCCAAGCGGAGCGCCAGCGUGCAGGAGGUGCGCAUCGAGGAGCCGGAGGAGUUCGUCUCCAAGGUCGUCUUCGAGCCCUGCGCCUACCAGUGCCUGGAGAACUGCGGCGCCGUGCUGCUGACCAUCGCCCGCAAGGGCGGCGACGUCUCCAAGACGGUGUACGUGGAUUACAAGACGGAGGACGGCUCGGCCAACGCCGGCGCCGACUACGAGUUCACGGAGGGCACGGCGGUGUUCAAGCCCGGCGAGCAGCAGAAGGACAUCGCCGUGGGCAUCAUCGACGACGACAUCUUCGAGGAGGACGAGCACUUCUUCGUGCGGAUCAGCAACGUGCGCGUGCUGGAGACCGACGACCUGCUGACCCCCAACAGCCUGUCCUACCCCAAGGCCCUGCUGGGCUUCCCCUCCGUGGCCACGGUGACCAUCCUGGACGACGACCACGCCGGGAUCUUCACCUUCGAGAGCGAGUCGGUGCACGUGAGCGAGAGCAUCGGCGUCAUGGAGGUGAAGGUCCUGAGGACUUCUGGAGCGCGCGGGACGGUCAUCGUGCCCUACCGCACCCUGGAGGGUCUGGCCAAGGGCGGCGGGGAGGACUUCGACGACACCUUCGGGGAGCUGGAGUUCAAAAACGACGAGACCUGCAAAACGGUGCAGGUGAAGAUCGUGGACGACGAGGAGUACGAGAAGAACAAGAACUUCUUCCUGGAGCUGGCCGAGCCGCGCAUGGUGGACAUGAGCCUGCAGAAAGCUCUGUUGUUAGCAGAAGACGUGCCAGACAGGAAGUUAACGGUGGAGGAGGAGGAAGCUAAGAGGAUUGCAGAGAUGGGCAAACCAGUGCUGGGAGAGCACUCCAAACUGGAGGUCAUCAUCGAGGAGUCCUACGAGUUCAAGAACACAGUGGACAAGCUCAUCAAGAAGACCAACCUGGCUCUGGUGGUGGGCACCAACUCCUGGAGGGAGCAGUUCAUGGAGGCCAUUACAGUCAGUGCAGGAGACGAGGAUGAGGAGGACUCGGGGGAAGAACGUCUGCCCUCCUGCUUCGACUACGUCAUGCACUUCCUGACGGUGUUCUGGAAGGUCCUGUUCGCCUGCGUGCCGCCCACCGAGUACUGGAGCGGCUGGGCCUGCUUCACUGUGUCCAUCAUCAUCAUCGGCCUCCUGACGGCCGUCAUCGGCGACCUGGCCUCCCACUUCGGCUGCACCAUCGGCCUGAAGGACUCUGUCACCGCCGUGGUGUUCGUGGCCCUCGGCACCUCGGUCCCCGACACGUUCGCCAGCAAGGUGGCGGCGGUGCAGGACACGUACGCGGACGCCUCCAUCGGCAACGUGACGGGCAGCAACGCGGUGAACGUGUUCCUGGGCAUCGGCGUGGCGUGGUCGGUGGCCGCCAUCUACUGGCAGAUGCAGGGCAAGCCGUUCGUGGUGCCGGCCGGCUCCCUGGCCUUCUCCGUCACCCUCUUCACCAUCUUCGCCUUCCUGGCGGUGUCGGUGCUGCUGUACCGCCGGCGGGCCCACAUCGGCGGGGAGCUGGGCGGGCCCCGCGGACACAGACUGGCCACCAGCGCCUUCCUGUUCAGCCUCUGGCUGCUCUACAUCCUCUUCUCCGGCCUGGAGGCCUAUUGUCAUAUACAGGGCUUCUAGAGGCGUCCACAGACACAAAACACCAGUCCCAAGGUUCAAAGUACAACACAAGAUAUACAGCGAAAAAAAGGGUAGAUUUUUUUCAUUGUGGAAUUU